ACCCACACCACAAAUGACAACUAUAUCAUCUACACUUCCUCCUAUAGAAGAUACAGCAUUUUCUUAUUUUUUGUCCAUGGUGGACAUUUUAACAACAUUAAAGAUUGAACGAACUAUGAAUAUGUUAUAA